GGCUAUUGCUGAAUCAAAACUGCAGUUUGUACAUUUUCCCUUUAAAGAACACACUUUGUGCUACAAAGACACAGUUGGGCUUAAACGGUUGAUUUAAAUCAAUUGGCAACCACGAGUUUUUAAUCUCGUAGUAUUAUCAUAACAUACAGACAUUAACGCUAUCGGACCUUACUAAAGAAUUAUUCGAUUUGGACAAUGCUGCCUUUAGCAGAAUAGUGCCUUUCACGUGAUUACAAGUGCCGCUAUCACGUGACCUCCGAGCAACUUGCCAGCGCAAAACAAAAUUUGCCAGUAGACCGCGCUGCAAGCUCACCCUGAGCAUCUUGACUCCGCGUUGUGAGCUGUGAAUAGGGACAACAAAAGGGAAACUUGCCUGGAGUCACCUGGAGCUGCAGUAUAGCCUGGGAAAAUGGAUGACCAUGAUAUCAGUAGGCAUGUGCCUGGGGACCAGAGGAAGGAAGGCAUGCAGCUAAAGAAGGAGAUCUCCCUGCUGAAUGGUAUCAGCCUCAUUGUGGGAAACAUGAUUGGAUCUGGCAUCUUUGUUUCCCCAAAAGGCGUACUCCUAUACAGUGCCUCCUAUGGACUGUCGCUGGUCAUCUGGACUCUCGGGGGCAUUUUUUCUGUGAUUGGGGCCCUGUGCUAUGCUGAGCUGGGAACCACCAUCACUAAGUCGGGUGCCAGCUACGCCUACAUCCUGGAAUCCUUUGGUGGCUUUAUUGCCUUCAUCCGGCUGUGGACCUCCCUCCUCAUCAUUGAGCCCACCAGCCAGGCUGUCAUCGCCAUCACCUUUGCUAACUACCUGGUGCAGCCCCUCUUCCCCACCUGCGAGCCACCCUAUUUGGCAUCUCGCCUCAUCGCUGCUGCCUGCAUCUGUCUGCUGACAUUCAUUAAUUCAGCCUAUGUGAAAUGGGGCACCCGAGUCCAGGAUGUCUUUACUUAUGCCAAGGUCCUCGUUCUAAUCGUCAUCAUCAUCACUGGGAUAGUGAAGCUCUGUCGAGGGUACACCAUGAACUUCGAGGCUUCCUUCCAAGGCUCGUCAUUGAACCCAGGUGACAUCGCUCUGGCACUUUACUCUGCACUCUUCUCCUACUCAGGAUGGGACACCCUCAACUUUGUCACAGAAGAGAUCAAGAACCCUGAGAGGAACCUGCCAUUGUCUAUUGCCGUCUCUAUGCCAAUUGUCACCAUCAUCUACAUCCUGACAAAUGUGGCUUAUUACGCUGUGCUGGACAUGAGCGCCAUCCUUGCCAGUGAUGCUGUUGCUGUGACAUUUGCUGACCACACCCUGGGAGUGAUGAACUGGUCAAUCCCGAUUGCUGUGGCACUGUCCUGCUACGGUGGCCUGAAUGCAUCUAUCAUUGCUGCUUCCAGGCUGUUCUUUGUGGGUUCCCGUGAAGGACAUCUCCCCGAUGCCCUGUCCAUGAUUCAUGUAGAACGAUUCACUCCCAUCCCUGCUCUUCUCUUCAAUUGUGCCAUGGCAUUAAUCUACCUGACUGUGGAGGACGUCUAUCAGCUGAUUAACUACUAUAGCUUUAGCUACUGGUUCUUUGUAGGGCUGUCCAUUGCAGGACAAAUUUACCUGCGCUGGAAGGAACCUGAGCGACCCAGGCCUGUAAAGCUGUCCUUGCUGUUUCCCAUCGUAUUCUGUCUCUGCACUGUGUUCCUGGUGGGUGUGCCCCUGUACAGUGACACCAUCAACUCCCUCAUUGGUAUUGCCAUCGCCCUUUCCGGGGUGCCUGUCUACUUCCUGGGCAUCCACCUCCCAGUGUCCACACGCCCUCCAUUCAUUACCAAGCUGCUGUGUUUCAUCACUGGCUUUACACAGUUCACCUUCUUCUGUGUGCUGACUGAAAUGGAUAUUGCUGAUUAGCCCAGACCACAUGGAGCUGUGUACCCUCACCUCAGUUACCUAGUAACGUUACAGUUCUCCAACAGUCAUAUGAGACAGGCAGAGUGCUGGAAGCCUGUCAAGCCUGGGACUGAGUUGCUGUUCAGAUGAAGUCUCUUCACCAGAACAUGGCAUUCCACAAAGGACCAGUGCCUUCCAAGCCUCAUUCCAGUAGUGGAAUGCAUUUGAAGUUUAUUUGAUCAUGUACUGAAGCUAGAAUUAUUUAUUAGAUAAAGAAUAAUGCUGAGGUCAUCAGGUCAAAAUCUACUAGUCUCCGAUAACAUUCCAUCAUUUUUCCAUAACACCAGAGUGACACCAGAGGAAUCCUGCCCUGCUAAGUGGCGCUGCAUGUGCAGGGAGUAUAUGCGGACAGUGGGAGGAGCCAGAUCUGAUGGAUAAAAGUGUACUGUGGUGGCUUCUCUUAUUCUGCAAUGACUCACUGGAUUGCUAUGCCAUGGUUUUACUGUAGCGCAGUGAUGUGCUGUUUUCAGGCAUAUAGUAAUUUUGUGAUUGUAAAAUGAUUACUUUUACCUGCAUCUACUGCCAAAGGAAUUUGUCUCCUGUCUAGCUGCUCAGAAUACAACUGUAAGGCAAAUACCAAAUGUACACAUUGUUUUUCUAAACAGAAACCUCAGGCAUUUAAUGUCUUUUUUCUUUGGCAACAAUCCUAUCAGAAGCCAGAAUCAGUCAGGAUUUGAGACCCUGGUAAAUAAAACCUGUCUGUAAAAUCUGUAUGAAACGAUGCAUCAUGUUUCCACUCCUGUGCAAAUUGUUAUCACACCGGGAUCACACAGUAAUGGAACACACCACACACAAAUUCUGUUGAUUAUCAGUUUUAACUAAUUUAUGGCAUGACUUUUAACAAAUCACUAUAAAUGGAAACAAGAUAAUUUGUCAGCUCAUAAUUCCAGCAAUAAAAAUCCAAUAAUAAUCUUCAAUAGAAAACAUUUAUUUCAAACAUUAAUAUACAGUGCUGCUGUGCAAAGCCCACAUCCUCCAUCAGCCAUCAUUUGCACAGCCAAUCAAAAUAUCUUUUACACUGACUCAAAAUCAUUAAUGAUGUGUUUCUGCCAAGGGGAAAACAUAUUUGAGACACACAUUUACUGAACAUUCCAUAAAAUGAUUCUUCAGUGUGUCAGAGGGUGGCAUUCACCAGGCAUCGUCACUCCUACAUGAUUGUAGGUGUUGACUAGCCUAAUAUAAAAUAGAAUCAAUCAAUCAAAU